GGUAUGCCAUCGCGUGCAUCCGGUGGCCCUCAGGCUCCGGAGAGACCUGGGCAGCCAAGAAGAAGAGCGACCUGUGGACCUUCAAGGCGAACCGCCUGGACCGCGGCUGGCACGACUUCCUGGCGCCUGGGGAAAUCCAUCGGUACCUGGGCCCUGAUGGCUUCGUUUGCAUCCGGGGCUCUUUGGAGCAAGAGUGUCUGGGUCGUGCCUUCCUCUUGAACCAGGGCUCCCAGAGUGGGUAUUCAGGGGGCGUUGGGGAUGCCACUGGGUCCUCUGCAAGCCGCAGGUCCUGGGUGCCUAGCAGGGCCCACGCACCUGAGACUCAAUGAGAUGCCGAGCCCGGAAGGUUCAUCCAUCAUCCAAGGAGAUGCGGUGAGGGAAAGCGUUCUGUCAAAAUGGAUGGACUCCGCCUGGUUGGGCUUGUCUCAAAACGGGC